AUGAGUAGUCCACGCAGAAGAAUCGAGACUGAUGUCAUGAAGCAAGAGUUCUACGUUCGCUUCAAGGGCCCCGCCGAGACCCCGUUCGAAGGCGGCGUCUGGAAGGUCCACGUCGAGCUCCCCGAUCAAUACCCAUACAAGUCGCCUAGCAUCGGCUUCGUAAACCGUAUCUUCCACCCAAACAUCGACGAGCUGUCGGGUUCCGUCUGCUUGGACGUCAUUAACCAGACCUGGUCGCCCAUGUUCGACAUGAUCAACAUUUUCGAGGUCUUUCUUCCCCAGCUCUUGCGAUACCCGAACCCGACAGACCCCCUGAAUGGCGAGGCGGCCGCCUUGAUGAUCAGGGAACCCAAGAGCUAUGACGCCAAAGUAAAGGAAUAUGUGCAAAAGUACGCGAGCAAAGAUGCCGCCGACGAGAAGGAUGGCGAAAGCGAAUCCGACGACGCCAUGUCCUCAGUUGGCAGUUUUGGGGAUGACGACGAGGAGCCCGCCGGCCGCCUCGACGACGUAUGA